CCGGAAGAAGGUCAUAGGCACCGCAUUCAAGAUGGCGACUCCCGUGUGUCAGUGUUAUCAAAUAUGUAUGAGAAGGAGUCUGACAUCAUUCCCUUCCUCCUACCUGCUGCUUCCCAACAGACCCAAUGCGUACAGGAGGACACAUUGGCUACUCACAAGCAUGGCACAGGUUUCCCCUUCACCUCUUCUACAGGUAAGGUAUUUGUCAGGGGAAAGAGGUAGCGGCAGAAAAGGUUUCUUGGGGGAAUUUUUGGACAACAUCAAGCAGGAGCUGAACAAGAACAAGGAAAUGAAAGAAAACAUCAAGAAGUUCCGAGAAGAAGCCAAAAAACUUGAGGAGUCCGAUGCUCUUCAACAAGCCCGGAGAAAAUAUAAAACUAUAGAGUCUGAAACAACAAAGACUUCUGAGAUUUUCAAGAAGAAGUUGGGUGACAUCUCUGAGACUGUUAAAGAGGGCUUAGAAGAAGUCAGCCGUACAGAUAUCGGGAAGAAAAUCAAAGAAGGAAUGGAGGAAGCAGCCAAAACUGCAAAGACCUCUGCAGAAAGUGUCUCAAAGAGUGGAGAGAAGUUGGGGAAGACCGGCGCUUUCAAAGCAAUAUCGCAGGGCAUGGAAAGUGUAAAGAAAGAGAUCGGUGACCUGGGCCAUACGGGUCCGUAUCGGCCUCCAGCCAGACUGCGGAAAAGGAGUGAAUUCUCCUCGAAGGGAUCAGCGGAGGACAGCAAGGUCUUUGAAGCCAACGAGGAAGCUAUGGGCGUUGUACUCCACAAAGACUCCAAAUGGUACCAACAGUGGAAGGAUUUCAAAGACAACAAUGUGGUCUUCAACAGGUUUUUUGAGAUGAAGAUGAAAUAUGACGAGAGCGACAACGCCUUCAUCAGAGCGUCUCGUGCCGUCACCGACAAGAUGACUGACCUUAUAGGUGGACUGUUUUCAAAGACUGAGAUGUCUGAGGUAUUAACAGAGAUUUUAAAAGUGGAUCCUUCAUUUGACAAAGAUUCAUUUCUCAAGCAGUGUGAACGAGAUAUCAUCCCCAAUAUACUGGAGGCGAUGAUCAGAGGGGAACUGGAGGUUCUGAAGGACUGGUGUUAUGAAGCGACAUACAGCCAGCUGGCACAUCCAAUUCAACAAGCCAAAGCCAUGGGGCUUCAGUUCCACUCGAAGAUCCUGGACAUCGACAAUAUUGACCUGGCCAUGGGUAAGAUGAUGGACCAGGGCCCUGUGUUGAUCAUCACAUUUCAGGCUCAGUUAGUGAUGGUGAUCCGAAACACCAAAGGAGACGUGGUGGAAGGAGACCCGGAAAAAGUGCUGAGGAUGAUGUAUGUGUGGGCUCUUUGUCGAGACCAGGAGGAGCUCAACCCAUACGCGGCCUGGAGACUUCUUGACAUCUCUGCCUCGAGCACUGAGCAGAUCCUUUAAGACUCUUUGUGAUAAGCACAGAACGCACUCAUUCAGGGAGGGGACAUACUGUACCUGGAGCUGGCUGUAAGGACGGGGAAGAGGAAGACGGGAAAGAUGAAGCUCAAGCUUAUGUCACCGCGAAACCUCUGUAGAUUCAUGUUGGACAACACUUGGUGCUUUGAUUUCUACUUUUUGUUUUUUUUUUCUUUACGUCCCUUUUAUCUGAAGUGUAAAAUGAUGUUGAAUUCUUCAGUUGUUCCUGGCAGUCCCUCUUGCUUACACAGGGGGGCAGUAGAGUACCAAAAAACGUUCACUGAGACUAUCUUCUUAAUGACCUUUCAGGUUUAAUUCUGUCCAGUGCGUUCAGCUUUCCUCGUUUAAAUGUAUUUUCAUAAAUUCAAGACAAUGGAUUGGGAGUAGUUUAGUAACUGCAAUCCCAAGUUAUAAGAUGGUGGCAGUUUCUGAAAACUGCCCCCUCUCCCCAGCCAGGGUGAUCAGUCGUCUUUCUCUUCCUCUCCUCUCUUCGGUGUUGAUAUCUCAGUGACUGAUGGUAUCGGUGCCAAUCGGUGUUCUCCCACCUUUUUUCUGCAAGGAUCGUUACCCUUAUUUGUAUGAUAAUCAGUCAGUGUAAUUUUGAAACUGUAACAAAGUUUAUAUUUAUUAUUGAAAAUAAAGAUUAAUGCUGCUUUC